AUGUCCGAUGAAGAUGUCGCAAAUGACGGAUUAUGCUCGCCGGUGGGCCAGGCACUUGUACGACAGCUUAUUCGGCCUCGGCUACCCCACGACAUCCAUGAUUAUGUGCUUGAGGGCAUCUGCAAGGCUUUAGAUGGCACCCAUCUCAUUUCUGUUGUCAAGACUGGUGGCAAGACGACAUAUUUCUCUGGAUAUAUGAUAGCGCUACAGGAGCUCCAAAAACAAGCCGAAUCCAGCCCAGUGAAGCAUCGCAUGCGAUGUUUGACCUGCUUGAGUCGUUUCAGACAGGCGUUCAUCAUCGGAAAUAGCCAUGUCACUAUCCUGGCUGUUUUCACCAUCGUUGAGUUGUCCGGUAUUGUCCAUGGCGAGGGUGAAGAUGAGGCAGCACCAAUUUCGGUCAAUUGCAGCUAUGAGUCAUCAUACAUUAGUGAGCGGCUAUACCGGCAAUCUUGUCGGACUUUAAAAUAUGUUGAGAUUGGGGGGUUCCCCUAUGGACCCCCGCCCCGGGUACCAGGCUUUAUAUACAGAUACGAGUUCCGCGAGUAUAUAAUAAAGACGGCUUGCCAGGCUAGAGUUUCUCCUUCGGAAGCUGACGACCACGUGAUAGCCCCUAAAAAUCACUGAUUCUAAUUUCUC